AACGCGCGUGCGCCGUAGCUUGAGUUUGGCGCGGGAUCCCAUCCGGAAGUUUAGUGUAGGAGCUGCUCGCUGCUGUUGUCCCCGCUCGUCUCAUUGUCUCACGUCAGGUUUUCACCACUUUAACACAAGGAGACAACAUGUUUAACCAGGGAGGAUACAGUGAGUCCAGUGUGGGCGGAGGUUACACUCAGUCCCCGGGAGGCUUCGCAUCACCUUCUAUGUCCCAGGGGGGAGACAAGAAGAGAACUCGAGCAAAUCAGAUAAUCCCCUGCACAGUGUCUCAGCUGAUGUCUGCUGCCCAGGCAGAGGAAUCGUUCAGAGUGGGAGAUGUGGAAGUGGCCCAGGUUACCUUCGUGGGUGUCAUCAGGAGCACGGACAAAUCCAUGACCAACAUCCAGUACAAGGUCGAUGACAUGACGGGCGCUCCCAUGGACGUGAAGCAGUGGGUCGACACAGAGGAUCCUGGUGUGGACAGCACGGUGCUGCCCCCGGGCACGUACGUCAAAGUUUCUGGAAAUCUGCGCUCCUUUCAGAACAACAGGUCUGUUGUGGCGUUCAGCGUCAGACCCCUGGAGGACAUGAAUGAAAUCACAUCGCACAUGUUGGAGGUUGUCCAAGCACACAUGGCGCUCAGCAAACCUCAGAGCACGGGUUCCGGAGGAGGAAUGAGCAGUAGCAUCACACCCAUGAUGAAGCCGGACAUGGGCAACAAGGGGACCAUGGGAGGAAUGGGCGGGAGCUACUCUGGUGCUACCGACUUGACUAAGAACGGGUUGAGCGGGAAUCAGAAUCAGGUGCUGAGUUUGAUAAGAAGCUGCCCAGAACCGCAGGGUAUCAGCAUCCAGGACCUGAAGCAGAGACUCAGUGGUAUAAGUCUGACUGUUAUCAAGCAAGCAGUGGAAUUUCUUAGCAAUGAAGGUCACAUCUUUUCCACCAUCGACGAAGACCAUUUCAAAUCGACAGACAGUGACGAUUAGACGCCUCCCCCUCACAGCCGUGGGGGUCACCUGAUAUCUGUUCGGUGGAAACACGUGGUUUCACCUUUAGUUUACACAUUCUUUAUUCACUAAGUUGCUUCUGCUAAUUUGCAAGUCCCAAAAAGAUUUUCAAGCAGUUAAUAAAUAUUUGCCCCCCCCCCCCCCCCCGGUGUCCACUGUAAAGAGUUUUGUAAUUUUAAAGCCUGGAAACAUAACUACUUGAUUUAUUUUUGUCUGUGUAAUUUUUGACAAUAUUAAAAGAUUAUACAAAAUA